AAGGAGGGUGCGACCAGCUAACAGGGUCUCGGCAGCAAUGAUCCAGAAUGUCGGAAAUCACCUGCGAAGGGGCCUGGCCUCGGUGUUCUUAAACCGCACAUCCCGGAAGUCAGCCUCACGCACUGAGAACAACAUGGCAGACGGCGAGGGCUACCGGAACCCCACGGAGGUGCAGAUGAGCCAGCUGGUGCUGCCCUGCCACACCAACCAGCGCGGCCAGCUGAGUGUCGGGCAGCUGCUCAAGUGGAUCGACACCACCGCCUGCCUGUCUGCGGAGAGGCAUGCGGGCUGCCCCUGCGUCACGGCCUCCAUGGACGAUAUCUACUUUGAGCACACCAUUAGUGUUGGACACGUGGUGAAUAUCAAGGCUAAGGUGAACCGGGCCUUCAACUCCAGCAUGGAGGUGGGCAUCCAGGUGGUCUCCGAGGACCUGUGCUCUGAGAAGCAGUGGAGCGUGUGCAAAGCCUUGGCCACCUUUGUGGCCCACCGGGAGUUCUCCAAGGCGAAGCUGAAGCAGAUCACGCCGCGGACGGAGGAGGAGAAGACGGAACACAGCGUGGCGGCUGAGCGCCGGCGCAUGCGGCUGGUCUACGCGGAUACCAUCAAGGACCUCCUGGCCAACUGUGCCAUUCAGGAUGAUCUGGAGAGUAGAGACUGUAGCCGCAUGGUUCCAGCCGAGAAGACCCGGGUGGAGAGUGUGGAGCUGGUCCUGCCCCCCCAUGCCAAUCACCAGGGCAAUACCUUUGGGGGCCAGAUCAUGGCCUGGAUGGAGAACGUGGCCACCAUUGCAGCCAGCCGGCUGUGCCAUGCCCACCCUACACUGAAGGCCAUUGAGAUGUUCCACUUCCGGGGCCCAUCCCAGGUUGGGGACCGCCUGGUGCUCAAAGCCAUCGUGAACAACGCCUUCAAGCACAGCAUGGAGGUGGGCGUGUGUGUGGAGGCCUACCGCCAGGAGACGGAGACCCAGCGGCGGCACAUCAACAGCGCCUUCAUGACCUUUGUGGUCCUGGAUGCGGACGACCAGCCUCAGAUGCUGCCCUGGGUUCGGCCCCAGCCUGGGGAUGGCGAGCGGCGGUACCGGGAGGCCAGUGCCAGGAAGAAGAUCCGCCUGGACAGGCAAUACAUCGUGUCCUGCAAGCAGGCGGAGAUGCCCCUCUCUGUCCCCUGGGACCCUAGUAACCAGGUGUACCUGAGCUACAACAAUGUCUCCUCUCUGAAGAUGCUCGUGGCCAAGGACAACUGGGUGCUGUCCUCAGAGAACAACCAGGUCCGCCUGUACACUCUAGAGGAGGACAAGUUCCUCUCCUUCCGCAUGGAGAUGCUGGUGCACGUGGAUGCAUCCCAGGCCUUCCUGCUGCUCUCAGACCUCCGUCGGAGGUCGGAGUGGGACAAGCACUACCGGAGCGUGGAGCUAGUGCAGCAGGUGGACGAGGAUGACGCCAUUUACCACAUCAUCAGCCCCGCCCUCGGCGGUGAGCCCAAGCCCCAGGACUUUGUGAUCCUGGCCUCUCGGAGGAAGCCUUGGGACAACGGGGACCCCUAUGUCAUUGCGAUGAGGUCGGUUACGCUGCCCACGCACCUCGAGACCCCGGAGCACAGGCGUGGGGAGAUCAUCUGCUCAGGCUUCUGCUUCUGGCGCGAGGGGGACCAGUUGACCAAGGUGUCCUAUUACAACCAGGCCACCCCGGGCUUUCUCAAGUACGUGACCACCAAUGUGACUGGCCUCUCCUCUGAGUUCUACACCACCUUCAAGGCUUGUGAGCAGUUCCUCUUGGACAACCGGAACGAUCUGGCCCCCAGCCUCCAGACCCUCUAGGCACCCUGAGUGGCCACCUCACACCCACUCCCACUCCAUCCUGCCCUGAAGACACACGUGCAGCACACUGAGAAAGGCAGAGCCAUUUAUUCCUUCCUGCCUCCCCUGUGGGAAGCCUUGACCCAGGAGUCCAGCAGCCCAGCACCCCUGUGUGGUCAGUUUCUGCCAACCUCUGCCAGCAAGUCUUGGUAGUAACUCUGGGGUAGCCUGUAGUAGACUCGGGUCCUGUCCACGGCCCUGGCUGCCAGCAGCACUGCCCGCACAGCUGCAUAGUUGCCCCGGCCAAGGCUGUGUUCCAGUGUGACAGUGGCCCGAGGGGAGGCUGCCAGCAGCCUGGCCACGACGCCAGCUGCGCUCUGGCUCAGCGGCUCAGCCUGCAGCUGGAAGGACACAGGCUGCCAGAGGCCCUGGCACAGCUCUAGCAUGUCUGUGAGCAGCUGUUCCUUGUAGCCACUGCCCAGCACUUCCUUGGGCCAGCCUGGUGCCACUGUCACAUGGGGGAAAACCUCGUCCACAGCUGUAAGCAACUCCCUGCCAGUCAUGUAGCCAGGGACCACAAAACUCCCGUGGGAGAUUGUGGCCCCGACCCACACAGGCCUUUGCAGGUGGCCAAGGGCGGAGAGUGUGGCCAGCGUGGCCAAGGAUGGCCGGAGGGCUGUGGGCUCUGCUAUCUGCACGUGGAUGCCCCAGCGUCCGGGGCGCAUGGCCAGCUGCAGCAGGCAGGACUCCAGCGUCAGGGCACGGCCAUCUGGGGCACGUACGACGGGCACGGGGUCCCCAGCUACAGGCUCCCGGAGGCCAACGUUCAGCAGGAUCAUGCCUUCUCUGUCUGGAAGAGGCAAUGCAGGCAGCAGUGUCUAGGGUUUGGGUUAUCAUGGAGUGUCAAAGGCCCUUGCUGAAGCUAAAGGGACAGCAGGAAGGUAAUGGGAUCUGUUGAUCAGAUCUGGGUUCCAGGUGGAAGGGCUGCUUUAUGAACGUGCCCCGGGCUCAUCAGAACGACACAGUGAACCUCUAGCUCAGCUCUGGGCCCUUGCCUGUGGCUCAGCCCUGGGGCCCAUGCCCACCUCUCCUGCAGUGUGAUAUGACUGAGGGCUCACAGGUGCUGAAGGCCGGGAGCCCCCCACUUUUGACAACAGUGUACUCCCCAACCUUGCAGCCGUGUUGCUGUGGUAACGGAGACCUGAGGCAGCUUCCCCAAGUGUUGGAAACUCUUGAGGUUGAGCUAGGAGCACAGGGGCUGAAGGUGGACCUUACCUGGGAGUUGCACUGUUGCUGUGCU